AUGGCGCAAGUCACGAGCAUACAGUCUAAGGGUCUUUCGCCUCAUGAACUAACAAAGCGUCGAGCUCUAUUGGCUAAGAUCGAAGAUUUUGAGGCACGAGGCGCUAUUUUGACAUCUGACGCUCGCACUUUGCGUAGCCAGCUGCAUGAUAGUACAAGCGGCCAAUGGAAAGCUGUUGAGGUGCGACUACAGCAACUUGCGCGUAACUGGAAUCCAUACCAGGAUGACAAUUGUGCGACGACCAACUCCUCGGGUACAAAGAAACGAAAAGUUGCGAAACCACUUGAUUUCUAUCAGCUUUUGGAACUCCAACAUGACGCAAACGUCACCACAGAGGACAUUAAAAGACAAUUUCGAAAGCUUGCGCUGCAAUUGCAUCCUGACAAAAGGCGGACGAGUCGUAAGCGCGAUCGCAAAAGUAUAAAUGAUGAUCAAGAGGACGAAGUUAAGAAGGAAGUUGUGGAUACGACGCAAUUUGCGCGGCUUCGAUUGGCUUAUGAGACGCUUUGUGAUCCUUUGAGACGUACAGCAUACGAUGCCAAGCUGCAGGAAAUUUAUCACUUACAAGAUUCUGGUGAAGUUGUAACAAAACAAGUCAAGCUAGAGGCUUCAACGGACUUUGCAUCCUUGGAAUGGAUGGCACGUGUCAAACACAAAAUGGAUGUGAUGGCACGGAUUACAGAGUGGGCAAAAUUGCUAUCCCUUGAUGCAAAUGAGCUGCGUUUUGAGACGGGAGAGCCUUGUAUGGGGAAAGAAUGUGGUAAGAUUGUGAGUAUGGAUCGUGAUUUAGAGUGUUCUGGUUCUUUGCGUCGCCGUGUCUACAUCUGUCUAUUGCACAAGUAUAUACAUGCGUGUGAUGAAAAUUGCACGAGCACAUUUGGAGACGCUGAGCUUGAUCGCCGCGUGUGUCGAAUGCGAGCUUAUUGGCUUAUUCAGAAUUGGCUUUUUGACCAGUUACAAGCUAGUGCCUUGCAGUCACAGUCGUUAAAUGACAUUUCCAUUGAGAAAGCUUCUGGGAAUGAGAAAUUAAAGCGAGAAAGUUGUGAAGAUUCCGCAUGCAGGCCAACUUUACAUGCGUCAGCGAUUUGUGGCCUUGAGCCGUCGAAUAUUCAUCUCGGCGAUCAAUAUACGCGUUUUCAAAUAAACAAAAUAGCUGAGUGUCAAUCCGAUGUAUGCCGAAGCAACUUUCAGUUUUUGGAAGAAGGCAUAUACGCUUGUCGUCAUCACGGAACCCCUCACGUUUGUACAUUUGAUCAAUGUGAUCGACAAGAGCUUCACGUUGGUAGCUACAUUUGUUGGGUCAGUGGAAUAGUGUAUGGUCGUGAACGGGAGCAAGUAGGCACUGAUGUGCGUACACGACGUAUUAUCUAUUCCGACGAACAAGGCGAAGACAGUACAGUCGAAAUGGAAGUGCCUGUGAUGCUUCCAUUAGGCAAGACGACGAAGUAUUUACUAGAAGGCGAUUUAUCGAGCCGUAAUCUUGGAAAUAUGUCGUCGCUUUCACCACCGCCUCCCGAUGAGAAAGCUUGGAAAAAGCAUUUUCGUUGCAAUUUGAAUGGAUUUGAUAUUCUUGCUGAUAACUCCCGGUCACCUCAGCGUGAGUCGGGCAAGAGGUUUAAAAGGGACCGCGAACAAGAGCUAGAAAAGUCUCCAGUGCGCAAACGCUUAAAUCAACGCUUGAUAUCCAAGAUACAGCAAUCCGAAACGACAUCUUUCCACAUUUUUUUGAAGUUACCUUCUGCAGUUGCCACACUGCCGAAAGUAGCGCUGGAGCUGGAAGAGACAACAGGCAGCUAUCUUGACGAUGAUAAUGACGCUACAGACAACAAAAACCUGCUACAGAUCUUUGUGAAUUCAAACCAUACUGUCAAUUACAUCAAGUACUGGAUGGAAGAGCUAACCGAACAACAACUUUCCAUAUGGGACCAGCAAAUUUACUGGAGUGACACCCUGAUUGGCGAAGAAACGAACGUGAUGGUCUUAGAGGAACAUGGUAUAUCGGUGGGUUGCGUAUUAGAAUUACGUCUUCAUGACGACUGUCCAUUGCUUUUGUCUACCUGGAAUGGCAAGAGCGCAGCAACCGGUGGUUGUAUUGAAGCUCCAGUAGAAUACAACACGGUACAAAUAUCAAAAGAAGCAGCAGAAGAGCUGGAUGAUCUCUACAAAGAGUGGGAAAAUGUAGGGGCUGUCGAGGAGCAAGCUUUCGAAGAAAUUCGGUUAAAGCGACAGCGAUUUAAGUUGCGUCGCGCAAUUGAACAUACUGAAGUACUUCGGUAUGACGAUGCCAAGUCUGAAGCACGACUGCUAGGUGUAAUUCAAAAACAGGCUUUAAGUGUCAGCGAUGACGGCAAGUUUAACCGUCAACUGCUCCCACAAAGUGCACAUUUGCGAGGAAAGAGUGAUUUUAAACGAGACUCAGCGAUUAUUGAAAGUGAAGUUCUGGUGAAGGAAGAACGAGAGCAGGUGUCAAGAGGAGUGGAGGCGAUGAGAUCAGUAUCGAACGAUGCACAACCACUAAUUGGAGUCAAAAGUAAACGAGGAAGCACAUCACAAAACACGUGUGUUCGACAUACACAUUUAAGUAUCAAAGGUCGAGGCAAAGACUCGUCGACAGCUCUCAAACAGUGA